AUGAGUUCAUCAACGGACGAUAGAUAUAGCUCCUUCGGUGAUAGUACAUGUGGAGAACCUAUGCAAGGCCAGCGCAUUGUUAUAGACUUUACUCCAGUAGAAGAUUUGGACAACGACCUUGUUCAAAGGAAAUGCUGCGCUGUUUGGGAGUACAUUAAUACCCAUUUUGAACUUCAGGUCAAAAGUUUAAAAGAAAACGUAGCAACAUUUCCAAAUAAAGGAACCGAGCCGAGUGAUUAG